UUCAAACUAUCUUGUUUUGUUUCGUUCUUAUCAUGGGUGCUUCCUGAGAAUCCAGCGUGUCCAGGAUAAUGGUGAGCUUAGGAAAUGGAGGAAAUUUACAGGCGGCUUGGGAAGGCGUGCAACGGCAAGACUCGAGAGAUCGACCCUUGAUGUGUGUCAAAAAGCCAACGGUCUUUUGGCUUUGAAAAUGCCUUUUCUCUCCUCUUGGAUGUAGAAUAACACUUUGGAUGCGAACAUCGUGGGUACUUACCGAGAAUCUAGCAUCAGUGUCUCAUCGUCUCGGUUCUGCUACCACAGGGAGGAUUAAAAUAUGGAGACGAGUGGUGUUGGGAACUGCAUGGAGUAGAAGCCUGAAAAGUCGUUGCAAUAAAUAAUAGGGGACUAUUUUGGAGUCGGGUGAAACGCGGCGACUUCAGUUUCAAUGCCGUGGAAGAAAAAAUUGCAGGAUGUAGGGGCAGGAGCGAAGGGAGAGAGUACCCACUACCAUGACCUCUUAAAAGAAAACCUUGGGAAGAUUUUGUUGCCAUCUUCUCUUUCAAGGGAAAGAUAGGGGGGAAGGUCCAUCUGCUUCCCCCUAAGCCAGUUCAUUUUAUGUUAUUGGCCUCCCUGCAUUCCUUUCUGGGUAAGAGAGUCUUCUCAGGCCGCUCUCAAUUUCUGCAACUCGUUAGAGAAACAGAGAAAGAGAGAAAGAGCGCAAACGUGGCCUGACAUUGUCUUCUUCGUGUUAAAGAGGGUCUUUUGUUGUUUGAUCAGAAAAUGCUAAAGGCAACAAGCAAGAGGGAGAACACAAAAUCAUGCUAUGAAAGUCAAAUGUUAAUGAUUGUCAAGCUGGAAGCAGGUGUAAGUGGGAAGAAUAAUAAGCUAGCCAGCUACAGAUCACUUUUACUGAUAUCACAUUCUAGAAGUCAGCUUGGUAGAUUGAGAGUGAGUGACAAGGAAUUGUAUUCAUAAGUGGUGUAUUAAGUUGUCAUCCUUCCUGUUGAUAUGUUAUUGUUGAAUUUGGAAUUUGUAUAACUGCCAGUAAUUCAUCGAAGUGACAUUUUUGUCAAGUUCAACAAACAUUUGUACCUCUGGAGGAUCCAGUGGUGAGGAGAAUGCAGAAAUUCCUUUUCAUGCUACAAAGUUAGAACAAGUUGAAGCUGCAGUCAUUGAAGAUCACCAUCAACCUCUUAUUGGUACCAAAGAAAUGUCCUUGAGCAACUUAGAUGCUUUGUUAUGCUUCAUGAUAUGUCGCAUACCAUCUUAAAAGUGGUCGCAAUUUCCUCAUAGUUCCAGAGGUACAUUAAAGAGACAAGCACGUGAGAAGCAAGCAGGUCUUCGUCCUGAAAUUUUUUACUUUUGGAAAUAGUGGGUGCUUUGUAUUGGGAGAUCAGAGAUGUAACCAUGGCACCAACUGGGGGCAUAUGCAAAGAAGAUCCUGAAUACUAUGCUGCAAUUGCAGAUUAUGAUGUAUUGACCACAGCUUCAGAAACUGAUAAUAUACAAGGAAAAGCAUCCAGUGCAUGUGGCAGUAAGAUGGGCAUGUCUUCAACAAAUGGCGUGCAUGAGCUACUUGAGUGCCCCGUUUGCACAAGCUUGAUGUACCCUCCAAUUCAUCAGUGUCCUAAUGGUCAUACAUUGUGUUCAAACUGCAAGUUGAGAGUUCACAACUGCUGCCCAACUUGUCGUUAUGAAUUGGGAAACAUAAGGUGCCUGGCUCUUGAGAAGGUCGCAGAGUCCUUGGAACUACCUUGCAGAUAUCAGAACUUAGGUUGCCAUGACAUUUUCCCUUACUAUAGCAAGCUAAAGCAUGAGCAGCAGUGCAGGUUUCGCCCAUAUAGCUGCCCUUAUGCUGGCUCAGAAUGCUCAGUCACUGGUGAUAUUCCAUAUCUGGUUGCUCAUCUUAAAGAUGAUCACAAGGUUGAUAUGCAUGAUGGGUGCACAUUUAACCAUAGAUAUGUGAAAUCAAAUCCACAAGAGGUCGAAAAUGCCACGUGGAUGCUAACUGUAUUCAAUUGUUUCGGCAAGCAAUUCUGCUUGCACUUUGAAGCUUUUCAGCUUGGAACUGCACCAGUAUACAUGGCGUUUCUUCGUUUCAUGGGUGAUGACAAUGAGGCAAAAAACUUCAGUUACAGUCUAGAAGUUGGAGCAAAUGGACGGAAACUAACAUGGCAAGGUGUGCCUAGAAGUAUCCGUGAUAGCCACCGGAAAGUUCGUGACAGCCUGGAUGGGUUGAUCAUCCAGAGAAACAUGGCACUAUUUUUCUCAGGUGGUGACAGGCAGGAAUUGAAGCUGAGAGUGACUGGACGCAUUUGGAAAGAGCAUUGAAGGUACGGCUUAUUCUUUCGGCUCGGAAACGAAGAAAGAUCUUUCUUUUGCAUCUCAGUAGGAGCAUGAACACAUCAUAUAUAUAUAUGUAUAUAUAUAUAUGUAUAUAUAUAUAUAUAUGACGACCUGUAAGUUGAUCUAUUGAUAGUUUCUAGUUCAAGACUGAAACUCUAUCAUCUGAGUAGGUGCUUCACCAAAUUGAUAUUGCAAAAUAAUGGUCGAUAUGAGCCUUUAUUCAGCUUCGUUCGAUGUAUAUUUCCCUUCUUUUAGGCCGAUGAUCUUUUGGCCCUGUUUCCUGGACCAAAUUGGCCCGUGUCUUUUCAGUGAUGCAUCUCAACAAGGCGCUGGAUCUUGGAUUAAUCAUGUGCUGAUUGGAUCUUUGGAAAAGUAAAAACUUACAUGUGGCUGGAACAAAGCAGAAAGUCCUGAAACAAUUGGAUGAAAAUAAGAAUAGUGAAAUUUUCGUUUUA